UGAUUCUGUCCUAAAUGAGGACUGACUGAGGGCUUGACAGCCAGCUUUGCACCACGUGACAAAUAAAGUAACUCAAGUGUGACACAGAAUGCAGAAGCGGGCGAGCAUCACUUCCAGGUGACACUUUUUUUUUCCGUAGAGCCUGGGUCCCAUCGAUCAGCCCAAGCAGAGAGAAGACAACGUGUCAGGCUUGUGUUACCAGGAAGUGGGUCGAGUUAUUUAUAUUUCAACACUCGUCUUCUGGCACCGGCGCAGGAAGUAACCUGAAACUUUAAAUUCAAACAUUGUGCGGGUUUUAGACAGGAGUGUGUGUUUCACAGCGAGGGACGAAGCGGAGCGUAGAAACAAUGUAAGGAAUGCAAGGUGUUUUAAUGAAGGUGUGAAAGAGACCAGCACGGGCUGAGCGUGAUGAAGAUCCACAAGAAGAUUGUGAGUCACUACCUGUCGUGCACCUCCCCGGUUGACAAAGAAGGAUAUCUUUUGAAAAAGAAGACCAGAAACGACACCUACCAGCGGCGCUGGCUGGUCCUGAAGGCCAACCUGCUCUUUUACCAGGAGCGGCCCGCCGACCGCCACCUGCUGGGGGUCAUCGUGCUAGAGGGCUGCGCAGUGCGACGCUCCGACUCAGAUGGUCGCUUUGCCUUCUGCCUGCUCUUCCAGGGCGCCGGGCUGAAGAGCUACAGCUUUUCGGCGGGAGACGAGGACACUGUGGAGAGCUGGGUGAGGGCGUUGCUGUCGGCCAGUCACCGUUACCUCUCGCUGAUACUCCGAGACCUGCACAGGCAGUACGAAGAAGCCAAACAUCACCAGGGUUCCAGUGAGUCUGCCGCCAGCACCCUGAACCAGAACCCGGUCCAGCACUGGUGGCCACCAGCAACAUCAGGCAAUGAGGGGAGGAGCUCCGUCUUCUCAACAGCCACUAAAAAGUCCCCCAAACUGUGGGCCAGGAGAAAUGCCCACAUCACGCCCCUAAACUGGCCGGCACCGCAAUACGGCGAGUGGCCUUUGCUCGGUUCCGGUCCACCGGACGACUUCAGCAAACUGCACGACCACUACGGCCAAGAGGUGAUGAAGGUUCGAGAAGAAUGGCUGAAGAGUCGGCAGGCGGCUCCGGAGGAAAGCGUCGAAGGAGAUCUUAUCCAGCUGGAGUGAAAGAAAGAGGAAGCGAGAUGGAAAAAAAACGGAACUUGGCAUUUCGUCUUUGCGAGCAGCUCCGAUGAUAACAUUUUCAGCUAGUUGCUAACAUCAACAUGCUAACGUUCAAACGUCUAGGACAGGGGUGUCCAAACUUUUUUUCAGCGAGGACUGCAUACAGAAACACUGCAAAUUUAUAGGCAUAUGUUUUUUUUUAAAUUUUAUUUUGUACAUUAAAGAUGCUCCAAACAAUUCAACCUAGGUCAAUAUAUGCUAAACUAGCUGAACAAAACGUCCACAUUUUAGCUUUGUGUUAUAGCUGACAAAGCAAAUUAGUGUAAUAUCUAAUAUUAUAUCUCGUUAAGUCACAAUAUCCCGUAAAUAAAAUCAGACGUAAAAACAAGUACAGCUGAUGGUAGUCUUCUGUUUUUCUAGCCUUUUAGUGCACAAAGUGCUGGAAAGUAUUGCCGUGCGAAUCAAUACUGUAACAUCCAUGCCUCUGAUACCAGCUCUUUACACUCUGGCAUCGAUGA